AUGGGAGAGCGAGACAAGGUCGAACCGCUUUCACUGCCAUCCGUCCAUAACGAUGUUGUUUGUCUUGGUUAUGCUCUAUUGUACGAGGAUCGUAGUACGUUACAAGCAUUGCUGGAGUAUUACAGUCAGAGAAGCGAUUUGAUGGUACUGUACGUCGGCAGCAUGAGCGAUGGAGUUUAUCAAGAAACAGAAUUGUACAAGAACAAGCUGGAGAUCAUACCAUGGCCUCUCUUUCCACAAAAGUCGAAAGCAUCGCCAGAUAGCCUGCAUUUGAAUGCUCGAUCGCACCGUGUAUCGCAGGCGGCAGCAUUCACAGAUUGUUGGCUGCGAUUCGCACCCAUAUCGCAGCGAGUCACGAUGAGCGAUUUGGCAGCGAUUCAGUUUCCCGUAGCUCGCAUCGAAAGGUCGAGCAAUUCCAUCUUCAAACAUCUCUACCCGUCUUGGGCCAUCGCACAACUUCUAACGCAUCGAGUCGUGAAAAAUAGAUAUGAGGAUAUCACGAUUGCUGAAAGAUGCUACGCUCGCGAACAUGUAUUUGGAUGGCGAACUGACUGCCAAAAAAUGGGCGGAGGACCAAAAAAUUCCUCAACUAUCGAACACAUAAUGCUGAAAAAGUCCAAUCCUCAUCCUAUAGCUGGCGAUGUCUACAAGGCGGAUAUCCAAAGAUGUGUUGCGCAUAAGCCUUUACCAGAAGAAAAACGCACAGUGAUGAAGUUGGAGUUCGAUCUGGACAAAGAGAUGUUGAGUACUUUGGCUCGUACUUCGGGUCGUCUCAUUGGCAGACGUGCCUUGUCUUCGACCAUCAUGGACGCUCACGCUCAAGUCAUCGAUGAACAGAAGCCCAUGGAUGAACAGAGUAAUCCAUCUUUCUUCAAGAUGGUUGAUUACUAUUUCGACAAGGGAGCGGCUGUAAUUGAGCCGAAAUUGGUGGAGGAGCUCAAGUCGAACUCGAUGAGCACCGUCGACAAGAAGAAUCUCGUCAGUGGAAUCUUGAGAUCUAUCAAGCCUGUCAACAAGGUCCUGUACAUAACUUUCCCUAUUCGUCGUGACAAUGGUGAAUUCGAAGUGAUCGAAGCAUGGCGAGCACAGCACUCUGAGCACCGAACCCCCACCAAGGGAGGUAUUCGAUACUCAUUGGACGUCUGCGAAGAUGAGGUGAAAGCCCUGUCAGCAUUGAUGACCUACAAAUGCGCCGUUGUCGAUGUGCCAUUCGGAGGUGCCAAGGGUGGUGUGAAGAUUGAUCCUAAGGCCUACACUGACUACGAGAUUGAGAAGAUCACCCGACGAAUCGCCAUCGAAUUCGCCAAGAAGGGAUUCCUUGGACCCGGAGUCGAUGUGCCAGCUCCUGACAUGGGAACUGGAGAACGUGAAAUGGGCUGGAUUGCUGACACCUACUCACAAACAGUCGGACACUUGGACAGAGAUGCCGCCGCAUGUAUCACCGGAAAGCCGAUCGUUGCCGGAGGUAUUCAUGGACGAGUUUCUGCCACCGGCCGUGGAGUCUGGAAGGGACUUGAGGUGUUCAUGAAGGAGAAAGAAUACAUGGACGCGGUCGGACUCACAACUGGUAUUGCCGGAAAGAAGAUCAUCAUCCAAGGCUUCGGUAAUGUCGGCUUGCAUACAAUGCGAUACUUGCACAGAGCCGGUGGCAUUGUGAUUGGAGUACAAGAAUGGGAUUGCGCUAUUCAAAACCCUGCUGGAAUUGACCCCAAAGAGCUUGAGGACUGGAGAAAUGAGCACGGAACAAUCAAGAACUUCCCCGGCGCCAAGAACUUCGAACCCUUCACCGAUCUCAUGUACGAGAAAUGCGAUAUUCUCGUCCCUGCUGCUUGUGAAAAGUCCAUUACUAAGGAUAAUGCUAACAGAAUCCAAGCCAAGGUUAUUGCCGAGGCUGCUAACGGACCAACUACUCCUGCCGCUGACAAGAUCCUUCUUGAGAAGGGUAACAUACUUAUCAUUCCUGACAUGUUUAUUAACUCCGGUGGUGUGACUGUCUCAUACUUCGAAUGGCUAAAGAACUUGAACCACGUCUCAUAUGGUCGACUCAGCUUCAAAUACGAGGAGGACUCUAACAGGAUGCUUCUUCAAUCGGUACAAGACUCUUUGGAAAAGGCAAUCGGCCAUGAAGCUCCAGUGACACCCAACAAGGCAUUCGAAGCUAAGAUUGCUGGUGCUAGCGAGAAGGACAUCGUUCACUCCGGUCUCGAGUACAGCAUGACUCGCGCUGGUGAAGCCAUCAUCAAAACAGCCCACAAAUACAACUUGGGCUUGGACAUCCGCACAGCCGCCUAUGCAAACUCCAUCGAAAAAGUCUACAACACCUACCGAACCCUCGGAUUCACAUUCACGUAAUUCGUUACUGUGAUAUUUGCAUGUAGUGCCCACGUGUUCUCCGCUCGCCUUAACACACAUGUGGCCUUUCACGCUAGAUUUUUAUAUUUCACUAUAUAUGUUAGGGAUUGUUGUCACGUGUUGCCUUUCACUGUAGUGGGUUGUUCUUGAUGUUGCACAGCCGUUUUUAUACGAGAGAGAAGAAAAUACAGAUAAUUUAUUA